AUGACUUCCCCACCAAGCUCACCGUCUCAUUUGCAUGUCCGAAAACUGAGCACCACGAAUGAGGACGAGGCGAAAACGACUACGGCAUGCCCGCGAAAGCCGGGCAGGAAGGUAACGUUCGGAAUGGAAUGCAGUCUUCUCAGUUUUCUGUCUGUCUUGAAUGCAAUGCUGCCUCUUUCAGUUAGUUUCUGAUGAAUGACGUAUCUUUCCGCCGUCUUAUCUCAUCCUUUUCAUCAUCUAUAUACCGAUAAUCCUUUUUGCGGUCUUCUGCCUUUGCUACCAGCGAGUUUCAGUCCCAUGCACUUUCAGACAUGCUAGCACGACGUUAAGGGACAAAUCACAUGUUUUGUUAUGCGGUUGUCUGAUUCAUUUGAACAUCUUGUAUUGUAGCGUGGAAUUUAUUUUCUGGAAUCUAUCGAAUAGCCGACCACUUCUGACAAACACUAAUAUUCGUUUUUUUACAUCGGUUUUCAAUAUAUCUAAGUUUUGUGUCGAAAGUUUUUUCUUUCUUUUUAGUGUGUGCUGAUACUCACGUGUGUUAAUGAUUUCAGCUCGUGGCCCUGUCCGGUGAAGAGGAUAUCAUGAGCGGUGGUCCACCUCCAGUUCAACCGCUGAAAAGUCGUUUCCGUAAUGGACAUGCGUCAUUCCGUCUCAGAAUGCUUCAAGAGCAACAUGGUGCAUCAUCGGGACCCGCGAGUGGAGGAUCCGGAUCUGGAUUUGAACCAGUAAGUAACGAGAUGCGAUUUUCGUAAUAAUAGCCGCGGAUUGGGUAUUUUUCCCAUUUCUCCCAAUUAAAAGUUUUUUUUUUGAAUCGAUUAUUCUGUUUUCUAAUUACCAAACCUAUUGCUAUCGUAUUGACCAUAACAACAUUCGUAUCGUCGCCAUUCGCACAUGCAUUUGUGUUCCGGACCACAUUACAUUGUCUCGAGAGUGAGGUCUGCCAUUUCGUUUCAAAAAUUCUAUUCAUGUGGCUCCAUUAAAGAGUACAAACAGGCAAACGUCAGUUUCACUUGUUUUCCGAAUUAUUUAUUGUAUCUCUAUUAUCCACUUUGAGUUUUUGUUAUUGCAUGUCUUCCUUUUCUUUGCGAGAAAAUCAAUGUUCAUGAGUUGUCCUCGACGAGAAACGGAAGACGCCACUUUGAUCCUUAUCACGCGUCUAUACGGAUUAGUACUUUUGUGCUGGAAAACGAGCGAGAGAGUGUGCGCCCGUGUAUCAAAGUAGGAUUAUCACUAGGCAUCCAGGAGAAUAGAGGAAAUUGCGGGCAUUAGUCGACAUGGACGUCUUUUUCUGCCCCAGCGAUAAUCCUAAAUCUGAAAGGCACGCACAUAGUUCGUUGAUGUUUUCAUUCCUGCUCUCCGAUCGAUUUCAGUCUGGCCACUUUUGCCAUUUUCCAUCAAAAACAGAUCUGGCCCUUUGACUCAUUUUUUUUUAUUUUAUUUCAAUUCUCAAAGCAUCCGGAUGCUCAGCUCAUUUCCGUUAAGUUCCUGUGUAUUUCAACGUAGCGGAUAUACCCAAUCAGUUUAUCAGAGUCCAUUUCGAUCCAAAAUCUGUCAAAACUAAUCCCUCUCUUUCGCAAUCGAUUCUUCCCUUUCCGGAUAUCAUCGGAGGACCGCCUAUUAGAAUAAUGCUCAUAUUGUUUGCGAUCAUAUUGCACUCGAUUGUAAUCCGACCAAUUCAGGACGGAGCCUAUUAUGAGUCUUGGCUUCUCUUACUUCUCCUCUAACUUUCACGCGUACAACGUAGAUUUCGUAUCUCCCGUUUAUCUGACCACUUUUUGUAUCAUUUAGUCAGGAAUGUCUUGGACUGCGGCAGGAGAGAGCUCAUCGUGGGUUUCGUCGAAAAUCAAAGACAAGGUACAAAAAGAAAAAGACGCAGUUUGUGACGUUUGAAUGGUGGCUGAUUGCGGUCUUCUGGAAUUCAUCUACUACUCGCACCUUGCAGACAGAAAAACACAAACUCAAGCCUCAAUCGGUGCCCACUUCGCCAGCCUCGUCUGGUCGUGCAGAAUCUUCGUUGUCACCGCUUGACACGGCGCUUCAAGGGUUGGUCACAUCAUGCGGAUUCUUCCGGAAACUUCGAUUGAAGCCCCAAAAGAUAGGCUACAUGCAACGAGAUUAGAUUUUUACUAUUUUCUAUCUUUCCAUUUCUUAUUUUGGUCAUUCAAAUUCAGGCUAAGAAUGAAAAAACCGGCUUCGAAAAGUUCAUCGCCGCCUGGCACCCCGGUCUCCAAAGAUCAUCGAGACUCGUUUCGAGACUCUUUCAAAAACACUCUGUUCCGGUGAGACGCCUUAUUUUCCAGCCAAAUAUUCUUGAUUUUCAACCUGUCAGCUCGUUUAGUACAAGCUCGGACAAGCGGAAAGCGACGACUUCAUCGGCCACCGGCGACAUUGAGCAGGGCCACAGUCACGGACACGGCGAACAUGCGGAGAACCCGGCAAUCCGGGCCGUUCGCCAGUUCAAAUCCGCGCAUGAAUCCUUCCGACUCCGCAUGUUCCAAGAACAGCAUGGAUUUGAGCCGGUAGUAUGUGCCCAUGCAAACUAUCCCUUUUACAAACACUUCUCCACUAAUCUAGACAACUUUUCCCAUUUCCUGGCUAACAGAUGAUCACUCUAGAGUACGGUAUCUGUGAAUCACACCUGUUGGCACUCAUCAUCAUUAUUUAUCCUUAUGUUAACAAUAAAAAUUCCACAUUUUUCCCGACAAAACAAAAAGAGCAUGUGAAUCCCGAGAAUCCCAUAUUCCCGUUUAUCAUUUCUGCGAUUAUGAUGUUAACGUUUGAUGUUUUCAGGUCUUCAUGACAAAAAAACGCACUCGGGACAACAAGUCUGUGAUGAGCGAGUUCAAGGGCGGUGAUUUGAAUAAGUACACCGCAAAGACAUAUGCCAUUCAAAAUGGAAACGAGGUUUUUGGAGGUGGGUGA